AUGUGUCUCACGGUGCCUGUGGACUCGGCUUGCCCUUUUCCCCUUGUGAUCCAGGGACCCAUGUGGCUCCGCAAGACCUGCUUCGAGGGCACUGUAGCAGACUCACACCCCAGGUCAGGUAUGCGGCGGCCAACCGUCCGUCGCACAAAAUGGUACAUCGACAUGAUAGGCGAUGACUCCAAGAACAUGAGCGAGCUUGUUCCCGGUUUGCCCGUGGACCCUGACAAGCACUUGCUCAAGUGGGGGAAAUAUCGCGGCGACCUCGAGAACCUGCUCAAAUGCCAGAGAGACUCGGUGCUGAGCCAGCUCGAUUAA